UCAUCACUGUUACUAUUACCAACAUGUCCCUUCAGAUACCGCAACACAACCGGGAAUCAUACACACCUCUGUGACCCUCCCGUGUGCAUGGUUUAUCUUACGCAUGUGAGCAAUUUCCGCUCUACUCUAUCGAGCCUAUCUAAACUCCGGGGGGGUUCAGAGGGGAUGUCGCUUUUGCAGCUCCACCAACCCAACCCCCUACCUGACCCCUCCUUCUUCUCCGCCCCUCGAGGGUUCGAAUGGGUAGACCAGGGGUGGAAAAGAUGUCCUUGUGAUAUGGGUUCGCCCCUCGGACAAGCCCCCAAUGACCAAGGUAGUAGUCCGUCGCGGUCGUGGAUGGAUGUAUGCGUACAAGGGCACAUGUCGGUUCCCGUUUGCCUCGAUUCCGCCCCGUUUUGCUCAGGUUCUUUCAGCUGUGUGGAGUGGGUUUCUCAACAUCCCGUGUUCGUGCUGGGCUGCAGUGUGCGUUGCGGCCCAUGUCUCAGGCACAAACGCAAAUGCACGUUUGAGCACACCCAUACGUGCCGCUUUGCUUUUACGGAAAAUGUAAAAAAGAGCAAUCGAAACGAAGUGUGCCCCCCUCUCUUUCGACUCGAGAGCGCCACAGUGAUUGAUUGUGCCUGCAUGGGAAAACUAAAUCAAGCGAGCCGUUUACCCCCUUUGAGCCUUGUGGUUCAUGCGGCCAACUCCAGAAAGCGGGGCGAGGUGUCGAAUCGAAUUAAUGUGGAAUAUCUGAGACAUGUUCUUCUUUUUUUCUGCGUCUAUCGUAUGUUGAGGGUAAUUUGCCGCAUAUGGAUGCCACACACAGUUAGGCAGAUGCCGUGCUUGCGAAAUCGACAGGUCAAUCGUCCUUCUUCCUAUCUUUUAGUGUACUUUAGCAAGUCUUUUAUGUCGCGGCGUAGAUGUGUUGGGCGUUAUUGUCAUUAG